AUGUCAGCCGAAAUCAACAAAGCGACUCACAAGUCAGAGCAUACGUCGAUUGCCGAUGUGGAUCUCGAAGAUGCGGACGCAACUUCCACUCAUCACGGAUCGCUAUCGCCAGAACCAGAACCAGAACCAGCUGGGAAAGAAGGCGUCAUCUAUAUCGAUUGGGCGAGCAAUGAUCCAGAACAUCCUCAAAAUUGGACACGCAUCAAGAAAUGGCGAUGUGCACUCACAGUCAUGACUUUUUCGUUCGCUAGUGCCUGCAUGAGCGCUGGCUAUGGGCAGGCUUACUCAGGAGUCAACCGGGACUUUGGCGGAGUCAAUUAUGUGGCGUAUCAAUCUGGUAUAACCGUCUACCUGAUCGGUAUCGCUUUCGCGCCCAUGCUGUUGGCUCCCGUCUCGGAGAGAUUCGGUAGAUACCCGGUCAUGAUGGUUGCAGCUUUCCUCAAUCUCGUCCUCUUCCUUGGACAAGCACUUGCACGGAAUCUGGAAACGAUCGUUGUCACUCGAUUCUUGCAAGGCUGUUUUGGAUCUGUGGGCAACUCCAUGUCAGGCGGCUAUUUUGCCGAUAUGUUUGAUGCCGAACAACGAGGGCAUGUGCUGUGUCUGUAUGCUCUGUGCUUGUUCGCGGCUCAGAGUUUCAGUCCGGUGUAUGCAAGCUGGGUGGCGAUCAAGAUCAGCUGGAGGUGGAUUUUCUGGAUCCAGGCAUCGGUGUGUCUGUUUUCUUUUAUCUGCUUUGCGCUCUUUUUGCGUGAACCUCGUCCAUCGGUCCUCCUCUCCAAGCGCGCUAAGAAGCUCACUGCGGAGACAGGAAUCGAGCAUCGUGCACGUUUAGCCGGUCAAGGCGCUUAUGCGCAAGUCUCGCUGAAGGAGUCUCUGCUGCGACCCAUCAGCUACCUUGUCACAGAGCCGAUCAUCAUCUUCUAUUCUCUUUGGAUCGGCUUUGCAUGGGCUUGCUCGUACUUGCUUCUCAGCGCCAUCCCGAUCGUUUUUGGAGCAUAUGGCUGGAAUAAUGGGCAGAAGAACCUCCCACAGCUCUGUACUUUUAUCGGCUGCUUCUUGUCGUUCUGGUUCAACCGAUGGUUUCAAGAGAGGUUCUACAGGAGAGACGCACGCAAAGCUAUUGCAGCUGGUCGAAACAAGCCUGAUCCUGAGAGUCGCUUGUACGCUUGCAUGGUGGGAGCAUUUGCCUUUCCCAUUGGUGGCUUCAUCUUUGCCUGGACGGGGCGUUCGAACCUGCCCUGGAUCGCACCAUGCAUCGGCUUGGUCAUCAUCAACUUUGGCAUCUUUGCCAUCUACCUCUCGGCAUACACGUACCUCGCCGACGCCUACGAGACGUACGCCUCGUCGGCACUUGCCGCACAGUCGUGCUUCAGGAACACACUAGCUGCUUUUUUCCCGCUAUUCUCAAAGACCAUGUACGAGAAAAUGGGUGCGCAGUAUGCCUCGACGCUCGUGGCUGUCAUCGGAUUGGUGCUGGGCAUCCUGCCCUUCGUGCUCAUGUGGAGAGGCAGAGAGAUUCGAUCACGCAGCCCAGCCCAGAUGGCGCUGGCUGCGGCCGAGGAAGAGCGUUCAACGGACUGA